AUGGACAAAAGCAAAAGAAAAGUUUGGACGAAGGCCGAUACACUUCUAUUCCUGAAGUGCUACACUGAGAGGAAGGAUGAGUUCCUGCAUGCGCGGAAGAAAAAGUUCGCAUAUGAAAACGUCUUGGAGGGCAUGGUAUAUCAAGGAUUUACAGAUACAACAAUUAAUGCGGCUGCCCUUGUAUCAAAAAUGCGAACGCUUUUGAAUGCCUACAAAACAGCGAAAGACAACGAGAAGCAGACUGGCACUUCUCCGUGCACAGUACCUUAUAUGCGCGAAAUGGACGAAAUUUUUGGCGAAAGUUGCUUGGUGUCCAACAACCACACCAUAAAUAUUGGGACAGAACCUCAAGAGGCAUUGGUUGAGUCUAGUGGUUAGUUAAAAUUUAAUGUUCAUUAUGUAUUGCUUAUAUUGCAUUCGCUUUUUUAUAUUUUUAAACAGGUAAGGAUUCAACUGAUUCUCAAACAAUGCUCGACGAUAUGCCAAGUACUUCAAGACAGAGCCAGUCUGCACUAAGCCGUAGCAUAUGCAUACCGAAUGCAGUGUAUUCACAGGAGCCGAACGCAGCAAAUCC